AUGAACAACAUCGAGACCCAUGCCAAGCCCGCAAUCUCUAAAGAGGUGGCUGCGUUGCACCCGAAGGGUUCCGAACCAUACAAACAAAUGGUCAACGAGCAAUGGGAACUCAUGGAGGGACGUAUAACGAAGAUCAUCACCGCCUACACCGAGGAAGAGAUGCAGGAGCUGUGGUCCGAAUUUAAAAGGGAGUACUCCCGCUUCAGGAAAUUCAUCACGUAUAUGACUACAGAGUGGUUCCCAUCCUGUCCCAGGCAAUUCUUACGCUGCUACACCAAACAAUAUUUUCAUAUUGAUGAAACCGCUACCUCUCGGGUCGAAGGGGCGCAUUGGACCCUCAAGAGAGACCCCCAGGUCGCAAACAAGGACCUUUUUGACGUUGUUCGUCGGUUUCAGGCUGCCAUUGAGGCGCAAGUUGAUAAGAUUCGGUCCCAGGUUGCCAAGCAAAAGGGUCGGAAACAGUCUGGACUUCACCCGGUCUUCGGAGGGGUCCUCGGUGUUAUCUCCGAAGAAGCCAUUCGCCGGACACAAAAGAUUUUCAAUACCUAUCUAGGUACAGAGAAUCCUCAGGCAAUCUCACCAGAUUGCUCCGGGCUAUCAAAGGAGACGCGGGGUAUCCCGUGUAUCCACACCAUCCACAAGGCCUGGGACAUAGGUGGGGCUCUCUCCAAGACCGAUUUCCACCGCCAUUGGCACAAUGACCCAAGCAGAGAUGGCGCGGAUUCCGACCCAAAACCCCAGUAUUCCAAGACUUCCGAACCCGAAUCCGACGAUUUCCCGAACCGAAGACCCACAGUGCCGACUGUGUUGACGAAUCAGAAUGGCUCCUCCUAA